GAAAUACAUACGUUACUGCUGAAAAACAGCCGUGGAUGCUUUGAGCGGGUAGCCUUUUUUUGGAAGUAGAUAAARGUAUAAAUGAUUUCAUUUUAGCGUUUUAUUGCGGUUCGGUAUAAKUUAUUUCCUUCAAGCGUUUGUUUCCGGUGAUGCUGCAGUCAGAGAGGUUUUUAACACCAAGGAUGCCUCCAUCACGCAGCAUAUGACAGCAACUAUUAUGAGUUUUUGGAUGGAUUUUCAGCCUUCRCACUUMAUCUUGGACAAYGAAAGAUAUGUUUCUUGACAGGAAAACCAACCAAAAUCAAGAAUCGCAAGGAGUGUAAUAUUACAUGGAUGGACUGUUUAUGUCAAAGAAUGUAGGUGGAUGAAACGGAUACAGAUCUGCAUCAUCACCUGAAGCCAGAAAAGAAAAUCAGCCAAAAGGAAAAGAGAACUGUGAAGCUUGUUCCUGAAGAUGCUCCAGACUGGAAACUACUCGCUGGUUCUUCUGAUCCAACUGGUCCUGUUGGCCUACGACCUCUUUGUCAACUCCUUCAGUGAGCUUUUGAGGGGGGCGCCUGUCAUCCAGCUUGUGCUUUUCAUAAUCCAGGACAUCGCCAUCUUGUUCAACAACAUCAUCAUCCUCCUGAUGAUGUUCAACACCUACGUGUUCCAGGUCGGCCUGGUGUCUCUACUGCUGGAGAGAUUCAGGGCUCUGCUCGCGUUUUCCGCUCUCUACCUGACCCUCAGCAUCUGUCUCCACUCCUGGGUGUUGAACCUACGAUGGCUGGAUUCAAACCGCUUCGUUUGGACAGAUGGUCUCCAAGCUCUUUUUGUUUUCCAGAGAACAGCGGCUGUGUUGUACUACUACUUGUACAAACGUACGGCGGAGUUUAUGGGAGACCCGAGGCUGUAUGAGGACUCUCUGUGGUUGCGUGACGCUUUCGCCAGAGCCCGUCAGUGAAGACAGGACAGUUUUAAGGGAAACCCCAAAUGAUUUGGGGGGGGACACUCCAAGACAGGGCAGCCUCAGCAGACACUUUGAAUGAAUUCUUAUAUUUUCACGUGGAACUCAGAACAUGUAUGGGACUCACAAACAGGUAGUGGCGGACACCAAGUGUGGAGGUUUUUGUUUACUGGGUCCUCACAGAAGGCCAGCUGGUUGGUUAAGUGGUUUACACAGGUAGGUGUACACGAGGAUGGCACAUGAAGUGUAGUUUUAAUCAGGAUUGAGGUUGGUAAUCUUGGUGGCCUUGUAAAACGAACUGCAGACUUCAGAGAAAGUGAAACAUUUCAGAAUGAUUGUUACAUGUUUUACCUGCCUUGGCAUGUUUUUGUUUUCUGUUCUGUACCCAAGAACUCAUAUUCAGAACAAUUUAUAAUGAUAGUCCAGUUUGAACGUUAAGAUGUUCUCCUCAGAGGAAGAGAGCACUUUAGCUGUUUUGYCUUAUAAAACAUUUGUACAUGUUGUUUACAUACUUAAUGUAAGUUUUAUGAGCCAAUUUGUUUUUACAUCAACUCAGGUGGAUUUUGUGCAGAGAUUUUUUUUUAGGAAUUGUGUUCACGACAUUUUUUAAAAUGAAAUAAUCCUUAUCUAAUCACUGUGUAAUCCUUCAUUACUGGGAUAGUCAGUAUUAUCCUGAGACAAGGUGAGACAGGGUGCUCUAUUUUUAACGCAAAGAUUAAUCAGGGAUUGAGGUUUUAGGCRCCACUAGUGAAACGCACCACAAAUAACAAUCUGUGCAACAAAAUAACUCUCUAUUCUUAGUCAAGAGAAGCUGAAGUGCACUUUGGAUCCAGUGUAGACAUUUAAAAAAAACUGCUACGCCUCAGUAUUAUUAAAUCAGUAGAUUACUGUUGAGCAGGGUUAAAAAAAGACAACAAAGUUGUACAAAUCCCAUUUACUUGUGAAAUAAUAUCCAGAGUCCAUAUGAUUCCAAAUAUUGUCAGUGCCAAACAAUUAAAUCCAAAAUCCUGUA